UGGAAAAGUCAUUAAAAAACAGUUGGUCCAAAUUAUGGACGACCCUGUAUGUAAGUUUUAGCUGCCCAGCCCUUUUCUGAACAUCUGAUCAUAGAUCCAUCAGAGUCCAGGGAAGCAUUCGUUUAGUUUGAUUACAGAGUAAUGUCGAGCAUGUGUGUGUUUGUGUGGAAGGUGCUGGCACUUUGUCUGGAAUAACUGCAGUGGUUCGGCUAAUAGGAAAAGAGGGAGUGUCUACGACAAGCCAAUACACACGCAUGCCAUUCCCCUGGAUCAGAGCUGCUCAUUCCAGACAUGUCUCUCCAGAAUUACCAUUAUUGCACUGUCCGUUCCUCAUUUCCAACACUUGCACUCAUUACACCCUCUUGAAUUAGAUGAAAGCAGUCGAUCGAUCUUAUCUCUGAGGAAAAUCGGUUCCUGGCGUCUGGCAAAACGGUACCAGCACAACUUCUUGCGUAGAUGUCAGCGUAGAUGUCUUGAGUUCCUGUGAAAAGUGAUGAGCGUCUGGGAGUGUGGGUUGCUGAUAUUUGAGCCUGAGAAUCGGGUGGAGGAGUUCAGAGAAUGACUGCAGACAAAGGUGUAGAGUGGCACUAGAGUCGUCGCCGCAGAAGAGCUUUGUGGAGAUGGUGUCAGGAGGACUACAAUGAAAAGUAGAGGAGGGGCUAAAAAGAAUCCCAAACUCCGCGUGUCAUUGGUCUGCCAGAUGCCCCCAGUGUAAAGGAAGUAUCACCAGGGAAACUUGUAGUCGCUACACUAACAUGCAUGUGCUCGGUUCUUCGUUAUUUUUAAACACCCGUCGCUUCCUGCGCUGAGCGAGGAUCCAGGCAGAAUUAUCCCUGGGAUUGGCUGAAGAACUUUUCCUGGCUUGAACCUCUCGAAAAACCCUUCAGUAAUGUUCUCGUCUUCUCUUCCACAGUUAUAUUGCAAAGCCUUUGCAAAGAUGGGGGACGACAAGCCUUUUGUGUGCAGUGCUCCUGGCUGUGGGCAGAGGUUUACUAACGAGGACCACCUGGCUGUCCAUAAACACAAACAUGAAAUGACGCUGAAGUUUGGACCCGCCAGAACUGACUCGGUCAUCAUUGCAGACCAGACGCCGACUCCCACUCGUUUCCUGAAAAACUGUGAAGAGGUGGGCCUGUUCAAUGAGCUGGCCAGCUCGUUCGAGCAGGAGUUCCCUAAGGCCCAGGAAGAUGAGGACAAGAGGGCCAAGAACCCGUUGCCUGCUCCUAAUUCAGGAGCACUUGACAUGAGUUUGCAGACGCCCUCAGACAUUAAGGUGAAGGAGGAAGAGCUUGUGGAGGUGGACUCUUCUCCGCCUGCCAGCCCUGACUCCAUCUCCAGCAUGUCAGACAGCAGCAAAGAGCCCGUCAGCAGAGGAAAGGAUUCUCCUCCAAAGCCUGCCAUCAGUUCGGCUCCCACCCCUGCCAUAGUGCGUCCUGGCUCUCUCCCACUGUACCUGGGUUAUGACGGCCUGCAGCCCACCAUGCCCUCCCCUACCUCUGUCAUCACACACACCCCACCAUCCAACCGCACACUGGGAUCUCCCACAGUGCCGUACCCAAUGAUGAUGCUUCCCAAUGGUCAAACAGUUCCUGUGCUUCCAGGUUCUAUGCAGAUGCCCUCUGUAAUAUCUCUGGCGAGGCCCCUGUGUAUGGUGCCCAACAUUCCAGGAAUUCCCGGGCCUCCACUAGGGGGCAGCAGCAGCGGCUCGUCUUCACCCUCUGGUUAUAACCCCCACAAUGAGGCAAAGAUGAGGUUGAAAGCAGCAUUAUCUCAGCAGAUGCCCACAGCUCAGGGUUGUCUUGGUGUGGCGAUGGGGUCCAGUGCGAUGGCCCCUCAGAGAGUGGAGCAAAGCCAGCUGCUGGUCCAGCAUCCAGACGCCCCAUCCCCUGCUCAGCCACAGGUGUCACCCGCUCAGCCCACCGGAGGUCGCAGGCGGAGGACGACUGAUGACGACCCUGAUGAGAGGAGGCAGCGCUUCCUGGAGCGGAACCGGGCAGCAGCUUCUCGUUGCAGACAGAAACGCAAGAUAUGGGUCUGCUCUCUGGAGAAGAAGGCCGAAGAACUCACCUCCAUCAAUGUCUCGCUGUCGAACGAGGUGUCUCAUCUGCGAAACGAAGUUGCUCAUCUGAAGCAGUUGCUGUUAGCCCAUAAAGACUGUCCUGUCACCAACCUCCAAAAGAAAGCCGUCUACUUGGGAGAGGAGCACAUGAAAGAGACGUCUGAGCCCACAGGCUCCCCGGCACCGGUCAUUCAGCACAGCUCUCUGGCCCCCAGCCCUUCGUCUGCGGUAGGCCCCAAUGGCCUGAACUCCCGCGCCGCGGCCGAGGCGGUGGCCAUGUCAGUGCUGGCGGGGAUGGGCAGCCAGCGAGGGGAGAGUGGCGGGCCAUCGCAUGUCAUCAUGGCCACACAAUCCCACCCAUCCAGCAGAUGAUGAGAGCAGGUAACAGUCUGCCUGGGACUCUCCGCAUCCUGGGAGAGGGGGGCAGAUCUGCGAGAGGAGAACGCUGGUUCCCUCUCACGCCAUCAUGCUCUGGCCUGGAGCUCAGCUGCAUUCUGGGAAUGAAACUGGGACUAUGUACACAUAUAGAGAGACAGAAGGAGAUUGUCGUUCACUAUGCCAUAGACUACGGGGGCUGGACUCCAAACCAUGCUCUCAUUUGCAACCUCUGUAACUCCUGCUCCUUCCUUCAACUUCCUCCUGCUCCUCCACUGGCUGUAGGACUGCAAAGCACUUCCUGUCAUUACACGUAUCCCCACAGACACACGCUGCAAUAAAGACAUUGUUUGAACCGUGACUGUGCACUAGGUGUAUGUCACACAUGCAGUUGCGACGAUGCAAUACUUUAUAUAUUCUUAUAUAUAUAUAUAUAUAUGUAUUAGUAAGUGUGUGUGUGUUUGAGAGAAACGUGAUGCUUUAAUGUUCUGUAGGAUCUUCUACCUUGCUAUUUUAGAGCAGGUUUUUAGUUUUCAGGUGGCCAUCCCCCUCAUCUCACCCUCGCUCAUCUUACCUCAUUUUUAACCUGUUAUAUACGUUUAUAAUCGACGUGUGCAUGUGUGCUUCUCGUGUGGGUGUACAGUGAUGUACAAUGGAAAAUAGCAGUUUGUGAUGGACUGAUACACUAAGACUGCCUUGUUAGCAUGUAAACUUUUUGCUAUAUAUAAACUGUAUUGUAUUGGCACAUUGCGUGCAGUUUGGGCUAUAGAACCUCAUAGUUUGGUCCUAUCGUUGUUUUCUUGUGUACGACAAACUCAGAAACAGCAUACUGUCCGAGGUCAAUCAGGACCCUUGUCUUGAGAAAUCAAUAUAUUUACAGUUUUAAAUUAUGCCAUUUCCUUUCCCUGUGAUCACAAUGUUUUAAAUGCAGCUUUAGAUUGAGUUAAGUUGGCCAUUAUGAGUUAAGUCUCCUAAAGUAGUCUGAGACUUUUUUUGCCCUGUCUUUUUCUUUUUUUAUUAGUUAUCGUCUACCCCUGCUACUGUGUUCUUUGUGGAAUCCCAUUUCUGCUCCAUAAGAGGAAAAAAAAAAUGCAUUGGUAAAUAAUUACCAUAUUAGAUAAAACGUCAGUAUUAUUAGAUACUAAGUCAUUAUGAGAUAAAACAUCAAAAGUAUGACAUGCAUAAUUAUGAGAUUAAAAAGUAGACAAUAGAGCAUAAACGUCAUGAGAGAUAGUAAAGAUUGUGCCAAUUAUGAAAAAAGUACAUUUUGAAAUUGAGAAUUUUUAAAAACUUUUAUCCCAUAAUUAUGACUUAAGAAGUAUGUCAUAAAAAUUCAUUAAAAAAUUUGAUAAAAAGUCAUAAUUAUGUCAGAAAUCGGCACUUAUGAAAAGUUCAGUCAAAAUAAUUAUGACUUUUCUUCAUAAUUUUGACUUUUCCCAUAAUGAUGAUUUAGUAUGUCAUGAUUUUGACUUGUAAUUACGACAAUUAUUUACAGUUUCAUAAUUUCUCAUGAGGGUGUCUUACAAUGAAGACUUAUCUCAUUAUGUCUUUGUAUCUAACAAUUUUGACUAUGUAUAUAUGUAUAUAUCAUAAUUAUAAUUUACCAAAACAUGAUUUUUUUGUAUGUGGCAGAAAUUGGCUUUCAUUGUGUUCAAUUUACAGAAAUACAGCCCUAGUGCCUCUGUACCCUCCCGUUCAGUCACUUUCACGAUUACCCGAAUGUUAAAGUUGAUAUCACGAUGCUUUGUAACACUAUUUGUUUCUUUGGUUGCUUAUCAACUCAUUAACAUGCACAAUCCCUUGUAACCAAUUAGAAGAGAUGAGGAUUCUGCCUUAUUAAUCACACGAGUGCCUCUUUUUAGGUUAACCUCACUCGGUGGCGCUGAGCCGACUGGACACCUAGAAUAUUCAGGCAUCUGUAUCAUCAGGCCUGGGGUAAUGAAUUAACAGUAAUGCCUUUAAUAACAGCCAGAGAGCACUGCCCUUAAUUUUAACCAUAUUCUAUACUGCCACCUGGAUGUAAUAGGGUGCUAUUACAUGUAACUAGAAAGGCUGCAGGGAACAAAGAGUGUCCGAUUCUACUGUUGUUUGAAUGCUUUUAUCUUGUACUAAGAUGUUUAUCCAAACACAUGGUCUUUUUACGCAAUAUCAGACACUUUAAAAAAAAAUAAGGCAGCAUAUAAACAAGGGACUAAGAUGUACUGUUGUUGCUCAAUGUAUGUAACUUGAACGUUCUUUCAUUUUCUGCUGUUAUUUGCAGUGCGUAAUGCUGCAUUAACACAAUGUUAGUCCAAAAUGUAUAUAGGCCUGUCAGAAUGCACUAAAAUAUAUUUUGGGUUCAUUUUU